UGGAUGCGGGAUGCCCCACAGGACCCCGCCGACCCCGGCGAACGCCCCCUGGCUUGGGACCUGCAGCUGCCGUCCAUCACCCUGCAGGACUGGAGCCUCCGGAUGCUGUCCGGAGAGGGGCGAAGCAGGAAGUCCCGCCUCUGGAGCGGGCCAAGCCAGGAAGUCCCGCCUGCGGAGCUGGCCCCGGGCUGGGGCGGGAAGAGGAGCAUCGUGGUGGCGGACGACGCGGCUUUCCGGGAGCGGAGCAAGAUGCUGACGGCCAUGGAGCGCCAGAAAUGGCUCAACUCCUACAUGCAGAAACUGCUGGUGGUGAACCCCGACUGAGGGGGGGGCGCAUCCGUGUGUCCCACCGUCCGGGGGUCGUGCGCCCCCAAUAAAGGAUCUUUACUUUCCGUCUGGUGAC